AUGUCCCGUCCAACCGAGACUUCUUCUCAGGCUCGGGACGAAGAUGGAGCCGCUAUUGGUGGAAUUCCGCCUUUGUCUCAUCGUCUGAUUGAGAGUGUGCGUGGGGAGACUCGCGGCGAGGAAGGAGCAGCUGCAGGGGCACAGAGCGGUGGUACUAUCGAGGCUUCAGGUGACGAGAAGCAGCGAGAAGAGGAGCCUGUUGUCUCGGAAUCGGUGGAUUCACCCGAGGCUGUGUCCGUGUCAGAGGACGUAGAGAAGUUAAAUAACGGAGGGAACGGAGAGAACGGAGAGGAAGCAGCGACAGCAGAAACCGUCGGAGUAGAGUGUGAUAUAGGCGUUAUUCAGGCCUUGCAAUUCGAGUCAGAGCUGGCGCUCAAGAAGAUGUCUCUUGACCCCAACGCAGCUGAGUUCACGCCGUCCUUCGCGCCUUCCCUGUCAGCAGUCGCUGCAACACUGUUAUUUUCAGACUACAACCCUCUCAGCACCACUGCCGCUGCGGACGUCUCUGCUGCCGCAGCAGUUGCCUCCUCUGCUGCUUCAUCCGCUUCGUUUGUGGUUCCUCCACUCAUUCCUCCCCUCGCUACCGGCAGCACGAUCCAUGCCUUCAAUCUUAGCCGUCCUGCUCCUUACAGUAACAAUAUACAGUAUCAUCCCGCACCUUUUCAGCAGCAGCAGCAGCAGCAGCAGCAGCAGCAGCAGCAGCAGCAGCAGCAGCAGCAGCAGCAGCAGCAGCAGCAGCAGCAGCAGCAGCAGCAGCAGCAACAGCAGCAGCAACAACAACAACAGCAGCAGCAGCCACAGGAAGGGGCUUCCUCUGCAUACUUUAUACAGCCACAGGAGCCAUUACAGUCACAGCAAGCACCGUUAUACUCACAUCCGUUUGUGCAUACUAACCCUCUCUUACAUGUACAGUCACAGGCACCAUUGCCCACACAUCCGGGCUUCAGGGCUCCUUACAUUGGGUAUGAAAUGGGGGAGGCUCUGGUGCCUCCUCCCCCUCCCACGCCCCCCACGCCCUUGGCUACAGCUGACGACAGAGUGUCCCGGGUGAUCAUGGUCUCGCUGUUGCCACCACCUAAACAACUACCUGACGCCGUUAUGGCGCAGGAGAUAGAGAGAACGUGGGGUCCUUUGAGAUUCCUCGACCUGUCCCGUCGCAGGGAAGGCGUAGCCGUGGCACAUUUUUACGACCUGCGCCAUGCCAAGGCGGCACUGCGGGACAUGCAGCAGCAGCACUGGCUGCAGCAGCAGCGCACGCACCACCGAAUCCUGCUCCGCCUGCGCCAAAUACACACCAGGGAACCCCCCGAGAAGAUCAUACCAGACCCCUACCGGCCCCUGCCGAACGAGCCUGUUCCGUUGAAAGGGCUGGGGUUGGUUGGCGGGUGGGUGGUGUGGGCGCAAACGGUGGAUCCUGAUGGGGAGGGAGGGGCGUGGGCGGGAGAGGGGAAGGGGCCUGGGCGUGGGAGGGGGUUCGGGGGAGGUGGGGCGGAAGGUGGAGGCGGUGAAGGGAGGUUCGGUGCAGUGCAGCGGCGUCAACAGCGACCGAAGUCGCAGGGCCCGCAGCAGCACCAGCAGCAGCAGCAGCAGUUGGGGCAGCAGCAGCAGCACAAGCAAGGAGGGUUAUGGCAGGGGCGGGAUGAGCAGCAGGGAGGGCUGUGGGACGGUGGUAAUGGGUGCGUGGUGGUGUCGAACGUUGAGCCCUCCGUAUCAAUGGACUCUCUGCGUGCACUCUUCGCAACAUGCGGAGACGUUAAGGAGGUCAGAGAAGUUCCUUCUCAGAAGCUUCACCGCCUUGUGGAAUUUUUCGACAUCCGGGCGGCUGCCCACGCGCUGCAGAAGCUGACCGGAACAGAGCUGGCGGGCAGGCAGAUAAAGAUUGAGUUUGCACGAGAAGGAGUCAUGACAGAAGCAGUUGGAGCAGCAGGAGGAUCGGGAGCAGGGGUAACAGUGGGAGCAGUGGGAGCGGUGGGGUCAAGAGCAGUGGAUGCAUGGCAGGGGAGGACCUCGCCCUCCAACGCAUCGACUGCUAGCAGCAGCUCAUCGCACUCGCCUGGGCACAUGCCCACCCAGCCUAACCCUGAUCCCCCCCCUCCUUUCAAAGACAUGUCUGCCUCGCCCCGUCAUGAGUCAGAGCCUCCAGAAGGGGCCUCUCCUGCUGCUGCAUCGAGUUCCACGUCUGCUCCUGCUGCUGCUGCUCCUUCCGAUUGUGGUGAUUCUCCAAAAGCUCCCGGGUGUGAAAGCCCUGACUUGAGAAGUCCAGGGGUGGAGAGCAGUGGUGGCAGGGGGGAGAUGGGUGCAGAUGGGUUGCUGCUAUCAGGAUCCACGCCUGGCACAGGCGGUACCAGGGGGGAUGCAGUGAGAGGGGCGGAUGUUGUAGCUUCCCUAGAGGAGCAGGUUACAGGCGACUGUGAGAAGGUAUUGAAGGAAGGUGAGAAACUAUUAAAGGUAGCUGAGAAGGUAUUAAAACAAAUGCUUGGGGACAGAGCUGAGGAGGUUUCUGAUGAAGCUUCUGCGAGAUUUUCUGAAGCUGGGUUAGCAGCAGGUGCUGAUGCGGAAGGGGGAGAAGAGGAAGGAAAGUUGGUAGAGGAGGAAGGAAAGGCUGUUGAGAAUGCAGUGGUGAAGGAUGGGUGUUCAGCAGGAGAGAGAGAGGGCGAGAGUGGAGGAGAGAGUGGAGGGGAGAGUCCCAGGUCAAGCAGUGGGGGGUUGGCUGAUGAGUCGGCGUCUCUUCCCCGAGAAGAGCUGGGCCGAGAAGAGCUGGGCCGAGAAGAGCUGGGCCGAGAAGAGCUGGCCCGAGAAGAGCUGGGCCGAGAAGAGCUGGCCCCUGCCUCAUCUCCAGGAGAAGAAUGCACGUCAGAGGACGGCAAUCCAGAUAGCGCUGCUCCAGUUACUAGUGCACCCAUCACUACCGCCCCCAUCACUAGUGCACCCAUCACUACCGGCCCCAUCACCAGUGCACCCAUCACUACCGGCCCCAUCACCAGUGCACCCAUCACUACUGGCCCCAUCACCAGUGCACCCAUCACUACUGGCCCCAUCACCAGUGCACCCAUUGCUACCGCACUCAGCACCAGCACGCCCAUGAGCAGUGCGACAGCAAGCACCCAGAGCUCGCCAGACACGUGGAGGUCAGACACGAGCGCACACAGCACCGUCAGCACGAGUGGCAGUUGCAGUGGUGGCGGCAGUGGCAGUGCCAGUGGCAUCAACACUGGCGGUGGCAGCAGCAGCGCCAGCAGCCGUGGCAGCAACUUCCCUCCCAGUUGGCACGGACAGGCCUCCUCGGUGACCCCUCUUCCUCACGCGCCCCUGCACCUUCCACCGGAUUCUGCCUCCUCACAAGCAUACAGGCAGCACGGGCAUGGCAGUGGCAGCACGGGUGACAUUGGGUACAGCUACUUGCACCACCCACAGAUGCAGUUCUCCGCUGCUGCACCGACAGGCUCAGCCACAGCAGCAGCCACACCAACAGCCACACCAGUAGCUACGCCCCACUGGUUCCGCCCUCCAUUCCCAACCCCUACUACCUUCGUCCAACCACCCUUCGCUCCCCCGUUCUUUCAACCACGUAUGGCCACGCCUGUGCCGAACCUGAGUCUUCCUGGCACGCAGGCGUUCAUUCCGGGGGUUCAGGUCUGGGGGGGUCAGUACAAGGGGCAGCAGGUGCAAGGAGGCCACGAGGGGUGUUACAUGCAUGAGGGGCAGCAGCAGCAACAGUAUCAGCAGCAGCAGCAGCAGCAGCAGCAGCAGCAGCAACAGUAUCAGCAGCAGCAGCAGCAGCAGCAGCAGCAGCAGCAGCAGCAGCAGCAGCAGAAGCAAUACCAGCAGCAACAGCAACAGCAAUACCAGCAGCAGCAGCAGCAGUAUCAUCAUCAGCAGCAGCAGCAACAGCAGCACCAGCAGUAUCAACAGCAGAACCAUCAGCAGCAGCACCAGCAGCAGCAGCAGCAGCCCGGGCCAUAUGAGCCUACUCACGCCCCUGUCUCGGUGCCUCUGCUGCAGCAUCCCCACACUACCUACCCACACGCUCACUCCCACCUCAUGCCCCUCAUGCCCCACGCCCCGCCCUCCGCACCUCACACUCACGGUCACAACCCUCCCCAUUACGCUUACCACUUCGCCCCAGGCAUGCCGUACCUCCCACCUGCUGGGGCUGCUCCCUCUGCUUAUCUUCCCUACCCUCCUCCGCCACCACUGCCCUUCUCUUCUCGCCAUGCUGCAGAUUCUUCCCUUCUCCCUCCUCCUCCUCCUCCUCCUCCCCCUCCCCCUCCCCCUCCCUCGUCUGCUGCGACUCAUCUUUCCCUUGCUGCAAUAUCUGCUGGGGGGGCGUCUCCUGUUGUCUCAUUCCCCACUUCUCUCUCCUCCUCUCCCCGAUUCCCUGCCACCCCCACUGCAAGUGGCUCCCAUGCUUCUGCUGCGGCUGCUGCUGCCCCUGCGGCUGUUAACCCUGCUGGCCCUCCUACCCCAACUGCCCCUACUGGGUUUGCUAUGUACGGCCAUGCUACACCAACACCCAUGGGCGUGGGUUAUCCUCCUAUAGGAAUCUUCGCAUUUGUCGAGGAGGCAGCAGCGGCGGCGGCCAGGACAGAGGCCACCCAGCUGGCUGCCACGUCAGCAGGCAGGUGGCACCAGCGCGGACGGACACAUGGCACUGCCGAAGAAACAGGGAAGGGGAGAGCAAAGGCGCAUCGACCUCUGACGUGUUUGACUGAUCUGGUCCAAUGUGGCUUGACAGGUUCAAGUGACUAUCGGAAGGGCACAGGGAGGGUGGUGGUGUCGCUCCCAAGUUUCACACGUGCAGAGAAUGGUGGGGUGGCACUGGGAGAAGGAGACGUGAGGAGCACGGGCGAGAGGGAAGAGGCAGUGGGAGAAGGGGAGGAGACGACAGGAGGAGGAGGGGAGGUAGGAGGGGUGGGUGCAAAUGAUGCCCGAGAGCAGGUCAGCUUGAACAAGGAGAAGAAUGAGGCCUGGGAACCUGAAGGGGCACACCCUCAGGUGGAAUCUCAGGAGGGUGCUCAGGUGGGGGUUCAGGUGGGCGGUCAGGUGGGCGGUCAGGUGGGCGAGGGGGUGGCAAGGGGGCGGCGGGACGGCACGAGGACGACGGUGAUGGUGCGCAACAUACCCAACCGCUACAGCCAGGCCAUGCUGCUGGCCCUGCUGGACGCCCACUGCCUGCACUGCAACUCGCACCCGCCCUGCCGGCCCUGGGCGGGUGGGAAGGCGAUGGGAGGAGGGGGUGCACGAGGCAGGGGAGGUUCUCGGGAUGGGAGUGGCAGUGAUUCGGGCAGUGACAGCGGCAGCAGUUCUCAUGGUGGUGGGAGUGAGGCGGAGGAGGAGGAGCUCUGGGAGCCGCUAUCUGCUUAUGACUUUGUCUACCUUCCCAUUGACUUCAAGAACCGGUGCAACCUAGGGUACGCGUUUGUGAACCUGACAACAGUGACGGCGGCGCUGCGGCUGUUCCGCGCCUUCCACUUUCAGCCCUGGGAGGCCUUCAACUCGAGGAAGGUCUGCCGCAUCUCCUACGCGCGCGUGCAGGGUCGGGCGGCGCUGGAGGAACAUUUCCGCAACUCGCGCUUUGCCUGUGACACUGAGGAGUUUCUCCCGCUCGUCUUCUCCCCGCCCCGCAACGGCAUCUCUUGCCCUCCCCCGGUGCUUGCCGCCGGUCACAUGGCAGGCCAGCAGGUAACCCUCGCUGGUGGUAGCCACCACAGCACACUCACGUCUGACCCUAGGCCCCCCCGGCGCGAUUGCUCUCUCCCGCCGAAUUCUGCCCUGCGCCUAAUGCGCCUAAUGCUCGCGCACCUAAUGAUUGCCCGCAGCUCAACAUCAUGCGCCCCCUACUCUCCUCCGCCCUCUCGUGCACGCAUCGGCGACGAUAAUGGCACGAGAAACCUGGGGAUUGUGGAUCUACCGCAGUCUGGGGGGGUUUACAGGGGACUGUUGGCCGGCUGGGACGUGCGAGUGGGAGGAGGAUGUACGAUCAAGACGGAGUGCGCGGAGAAGAGGGACAUGAUGAUGACACAGCAGGCAUGCAUGUGGGGGGAGGACGUUUGCUAUUAUCUCAAGAAGUUACGGAGGGGUGUGGUGGAGGCAUUUGCCUGUGGACUCCAUUGGGUGUGGGAAGGGGGACCAGGGCAUGGGGGAGAAGAAGGUAAGUCAGGGCAGAGGGGGAAGGUAGGCUGUGCUCACGAGGCUGUGCUCACGAGGCGUGCUCACGAGGCUGUGCUCACAAUGCUGUGCUCACGAUGUUGUGAUCAUGAUGCUGUGCUCAAGAUGCUGUGUGAAAGUGGCUUGAAUGCAUUCAACCGCUCUCUUAAAGCAGCGACGCGUCGAUCGUCGUCGCGCCAGCCGUUCGUAGCCAUUCGCAGUCAAGGCGACGCGCAUUGCAACUCAGCAGCCAAUGAUUUUCUUCCAGCAGAACGCGCAAUCCCUCUCAUCCGUUCCACGUCAGCAACCCCAGCCGCAUCGGGCCCACAACGGGCGCAGCAGGGACUAUGCGGGGACGCGAAACGCGGUGCAGGUGCAUCCCAGGGAGGUGUUAACUGGGCGCGGUUGCGCAACCACAUCGGCGUGACCUCCGUGAGCGCCGCGUCCUUCUCUUCCGCGAAUAGGCGGAAAGAGGUGCGCGGAUUCGUGGAAGAAGACGCGUCGCAGCGCGGGACCGGUGGAGACCAGAGCGACGCGGAGUCGAAGCGCGCGGAGCUCGAGGCAGGAUGGCAGAGUGGUUCCGAGGGAUCAAUGCCGCCAAUGGCGGCGCCAAAUGCGGCGCCAGGCGCGGCGACAAGCUGUUCUCCCAGCGACGAGUUCGCGUGCACGAUUGCCGGAUGCACCCACGUCCACAGCAACGUCGGCUCCAUGCGGAGGCUAGGAAACCUCUCAGAAACCUCCUUCCGAGCGGCUCCGCCGGCGGAAUCCCGGCCGGUGCAGAGCGGUACCAAGGGGUUCAACCUGGGGCAAUUUCUGUCGCAGCUGCUGCCGUACGUGGUGGUGGCGACGGCGGUGUCGGCGCUGACGUGGCCGGCUACGUUCGCGUGGUUCAGCAAGCAGUACUACGCGCCCGCACUGGGCGGCAUCAUGCUCUCCAUCGGCGUGCAGCUCUCCGUCGAAGAUUUCAAGGCCGCCAUUGAAAAGCCUCUCCCCGUCAUACUGGGUCUGCUAGUGCAAUACGCCGUGAAGCCGCUCAUCGCGGCCGCCAUAGCCGCCUCCUUCCGCCUGCCGCCCGCGUUCGCCGCGGGCUUCCUCCUCACGGCCAGCGUGUCCGGCGCGCAGCUCUCCAGCUACGCGUCCUACCUGGCAAAAGCUGACGUGGCGCUCUGCAUCGUCCUCACAAGCCUCAGCACCUUCGCCUCCGUGGCACUCACCCCUAUCCUCACCUCGCUCCUGAUUGGCUCAGCCGUCCCGGUCGACCUCCUAGCCAUGUCCAAAUCCAUCCUGCAAGUCGUCAUUCUCCCAGUCUCCCUCGGCCUCAUCCUAAACACCUACGCGCGGAAAUUUGUCGACCAGAUUCGGCCAAUCAUGCCGCUGCUAGCCAUAGUCUGCACGUCCCUCUGCAUAGGCAGCCCUCUAGCCAUCAACCGGUCGCAGAUCGUCUGCCUAAGCGGCCUCCUGCUGCUCCCGCCCGUCCUCGCCUUCCACCUCGCGUCCUUCGCCGCUGGGUUCUGGUCCGCAAAGCUCCCCGGAAUGGGGCAGAGUGAUGACGUGACGAGGACUCUGUCUCUGUGCGGUGGCAUGCAGAGCAGCACGCUGGCCAUGCUGCUGGCAUCUCAGUUCCUCGGGCCUACCCACACGGUGCCUGCCUCGGUCUCUGUUGUGCUCAUGUCGAUUAUUGGGCUCAGUCUAGGAAGCUUCUGGGGGUCGGGAAGGAAGCUUCUGGACUGGAACAAGGCUGGGCCAGUUGUGGGGGCCCAGGCAUACGCUGCUCCUGCUGAGGCGUAG